UCACAUAACAUAACUCUUGGUUAAGUUUUUUUUUUCUUUUUCCCGUGUUUAAUUAUCCCAGUGUCUGUCUACAGAGUCCUUUGUUGUUAGAGAGGUAAAAGAUAAACUUGGAAAAUGCAACCCCACCUAUCCGUGGCCUGGGUCUAUUUUGUGUGCUGGUGCUAGUUUUGAUGGUGUGGUGUAGUGUGGUGGGAGCAUAAAAUUUAAAUCACUAUUAUUCUCUCUCUCUCUCUCUCUCUCUCUCUCUCUCUCUCUCUGGUUAGGACCAGUAGAAGUUGUUUUGUUUAUAAUUUGAAAACGUCAAGGCAGCCAACAAAACGAGGGGGGGUUGUUGUUGUUCUUCUUCUGUUUUGUAUGGACAUGAAGGGAUAUUCAGUUUCCUGGACAAAACAACAUCAGAAAGAGCUAUUUUUUGCAGCUCAUCACACAACAAGACAACACCAAUGCAUACAAGCAAAUCAUGAUGCCACAGAAGAAACAAGCUCACAGCAACAAAAUCAAUAUUCCCUGAAAUUGGCUCUUUCUUCCACUUCCCAAAAUACUAUGCUACAUGCUUUUGUUGCUUUGCUGCUACUUGUUACUUCAAUUGGCACAGCAUUCUCUCACCCCACCAUUGCCUCCAAUUCUUCUUCAACUUUGCCAGCAGCACUCUCUCACUUCCAUGCUAAUAACAACACAUUGAGACCUUCUGCAGUGUUGCAAAAGUUGAGGAGAAUCAGAGCUCAUCUCAACAAGAGCAACAAGCCUGCUGUUAAAACAAUUAAGAGUCCAGAUGGGGAUUUGAUUGAUUGUGUUUUGUCUCAUCAGCAACCUGCUUUUGACCAUCCUCAACUCAAAGGGCAAAGACCAUUGGAUCCACCAGAAAGGCCAAAGGGUCACACUCACACCAAUGGAGAAACAGUCAUAGAGAGCUUUCAGCUUUGGACUGAUUCUGGUGAAGCAUGCCCAGAAGGAACUGUUCCAAUCAGAAGAACAACUGAACAAGAUUUUCUACGAGCAAGCUCCGUUAGAAGAUUUGGAAGAAAACCAAGAAAUGUACGGAGGGACUCCACAGGCACUGGUCAUGAGCAUGCAGUUGUUUCUGUAAAUGGAGAUCAAUACUAUGGAGCAAAAGCAAGCAUAAACGUGUGGACGCCUAGCGUAACCGAUCCAUACGAAUUCAGUUUGUCACAGAUAUGGGUUAUUGCUGGAUCGUUUGGUAAUGAUCUGAAUACCAUAGAAGCUGGAUGGCAGGUAAGUCCUGAGCUAUAUGGAGACAACUAUCCUAGGUUCUUCACUUAUUGGACAACGGAUGCAUAUCAAGCAACAGGAUGCUACAACUUACUAUGUUCAGGAUUUGUCCAAACCAACAACAGGAUAGCAAUAGGGGCUGCAAUCUCACCAAGAUCCAUCUACAAUGGCAGACAAUUUGAUAUUGGAUUAAUGGUUUGGAAGGACCCAAAGCAUGGACAUUGGUGGCUGGAGUUUGGGUCGGGGCUUCUAGUUGGGUACUGGCCAGCAUACUUGUUUAGUCACUUGAGAAACCAUGCAAGCAUGGUGCAAUUUGGAGGGGAAAUUGUGAAUUCUCGUUCAAGGGGCUACCACACUGGCACUCAAAUGGGUAGUGGCCAUUUUUCAGGAGAAGGGUUUAGAAAAGCAGCAUAUUUUAGAAACUUACAAGUUGUUGAUUGGGACAAUAACUUGCUUCCUCUAUCAAAUAUUCACCAGUUGGCUGACCAUUCCAAUUGCUAUGACAUAAGGAUGGGAUCAAACAGUGUUUGGGGAACUUACUUUUAUUAUGGAGGUCCUGGAAGGAAUGUGAGAUGCCCAUGAAUUAUAUAUAUAUAUAUAUAUAUAAUAUUGACUCCUAUUAAUUAUACAGGCUUCUCUGUUAUAAAUAUAUAUAUAUAUAUAUAUACAUUUUUUUUAUUUUCUCCCUUUUUUUAAAAAUUUUCUUUUGGGGAUUUUGCUUUCAUCAAAAGCUUCGCAUGGUUUGGCUAUAUUUGAUAAUUUUGGUUUUGGCUAACAGGUUAGAGACAGUUUGUUCUGAUAAUAGAGAUGAUGUAAAUCUACGAAAAAUAUGUUGUCAAUUUAUAGCAUUAAAUCGAGGGGUUUUGUGUUUCUUCAA